GUUCUAUAUAACAACAAUAUGUCAACUAAGAAUAAGAAAGGCCCCACUCAGGUGGAACUUAUGGUCAAAACCUGUGCUGAAAUCAUUAAUGAACUUGUAGCAGCUUCUAAAGAAGGAAGGGAUGUCAACCUGAAUGGUUUAAAAAACAAGUUAUCUCGAAAGAACAAAUUACCCAAUCAACCAAAACUAGUGGAUAUUAUUGCUGCCAUUCCUGAACAACACAAAGCUGCCCUAUUACCUAAAUUAAAGGCUAAACCUGUCCGUACUGCAUCAGGUAUUGCUGUAGUUGCAGUCAUGUGCAAACCUCAUCGUUGUCCUCAUAUCGCAAUGACAGGAAACAUUUGUGUAUAUUGUCCUGGUGGUCCUGAUUCCGAUUUCGAAUAUUCAACACAAUCUUAUACUGGUUAUGAACCUACCUCUAUGCGGGCUAUCCGAGCACGAUACGAUCCUUACGAACAAGCACGUGGACGGGUAGAUCAAUUAAGAAGUUUGGGACAUAGUGUGGAUAAAGUGGAAUAUAUUUUGAUGGGUGGUACUUUUAUGUCGAUGCCUGAAGAUUAUCGAAAUUGGUUUAUUACAAAUCUUCAUGAUGCCUUAUCUGGUCAUUCUAGUAAUGAUUUGGACGAAGCUGUUAGAUACUCACAACAAAGUCAAACCAAAUGUAUUGGGAUCACCAUUGAAACUCGACCUGAUUAUUGUUUGAAACCACAUCUUAGUCAAAUGUUACGAUAUGGUUGUACUCGAUUAGAAGUGGGUGUACAAAGUGUUUAUGAAGAUGUAGCUAGGGACACUAAUAGAGGGCAUACAGUGAAAGCAGUGACAGAAUCAUUCCAUUUAGCUAAAGAUGCCGGAUUCAAGGUGGUAGCACAUAUGAUGCCUGAUUUACCAAAUGUAGGAAUGGAACGAGAUAUGGAACAAUUCAAAGAAUACUUUGAAAACCCAGCUUAUCGAUCGGAUGGUUUGAAGAUUUAUCCUACACUUGUGAUCCGUGGUACUGGUCUUUAUGAAUUAUGGCGAACUGGGCGAUACCAAAAUUAUACUCCAAAUGCUCUAGUUGACUUGGUGGCUCGAAUUCUUGCUUUGGUACCUCCAUGGACUCGUGUUUAUCGUGUUCAACGUGAUAUCCCUAUGCCUCUUGUGACUUCUGGUGUAGAACAUGGUAACUUGCGUGAAUUGGCAUUAAACAGGAUGAAGGAUUUGGGAACUGAAUGUAGAGAUGUACGUACACGAGAAGUGGGUAUUACGGAAAUUCAUCAAAAGAUUCAACCUGAUCAAGUGGAACUUAUUCGUCGUGAUUAUGUGGCCAAUGGUGGAUGGGAAACCUUUUUAUCUUAUGAAGAUCCUCAUCAAGAUAUUCUAGUUGGAUUAUUACGUCUACGCAAAUGUUCUCCUCAAACCUUCCGACCUGAAUUGACUACAGAAGGUCCAAGUUCUAUUGUUCGAGAAUUGCAUGUAUAUGGUUCUGUGGUACCUAUGCAUGAUCGUGAUCCUACAAAAUUCCAACAUCAAGGUUUUGGUACAUUGCUUAUGGAAGAAGCUGAACGAAUUGCACGUGAAGAACAUGGUAGUGUCAAAUUAAGUGUUAUCUCUGGUGUAGGUGUUAGACAUUAUUAUGCUAAACUUGGUUAUUAUCUGGAUGGUCCUUAUAUGUCGAAAAUGCUAGUUUAGAAUGUCACUCCUACUGUGCAUGAUAGUUUGUUUUUUUUAUCCCCCGCAAAUAGUUGUAUAUAUAUAUUAGAUUCUUUUGGAAAUAAAAAUAAUAAAAAAAAGUAGCAUUUCUUCUUCUUUU